AUGCAGAUGCGCCGUGUUGUCAUCACCGGGAUCGGCAUGGUUUCGCCGCUCGCGGCGGACGCCGAAACCACAUGGGCCCGCCUGCUCGAGGGCCGAAGCGCCGCGCGCAAGGUCACCGAGUUCGAGGUCGACGACCUGCCGGCGCAGAUUGCCUGCCGUCUGCCGUUCGGCGACGGCAGCGACGGCACCUACAAUGCCGACGACUGGAUGGAGCCCAAGGAGCAGCGCAAGGUCGAUGAUUUCAUCGUCUAUGGCGUUGCCGCGGCCGAACAGGCGCUCGCCGAUGCCGACUGGCAUCCCGAAAGCGAUGAGGACCAGAUCGCGACCGGCGUCCUGAUCGGAUCGGGCAUUGGCGGCAUCGAGGGCAUCGUCGAGACCGGAUACGUGCUGCGCGACCGCGGUCCGCGCCGCGUUUCGCCUUUCUUCAUUCCCGGCCGGCUGAUCAAUCUGGUCAGCGGCCAUGUCUCGAUCCGCCACAAGCUGCGCGGCCCGAACCACUCGGUCGUCACCGCCUGUUCGACCGGCGCGCAUGCCAUCGGCGAUGCCAGCCGCCUGAUCGCGCUGGGCGAUGCGGACGUGAUGGUCGCCGGCGGCACGGAAUCGCCGGUCUGCCGGAUUUCGCUGGCUGGCUUUGCCGCCUGCAAGGCGCUGUCCACCGGCCGCAACGAUGAUCCGGCUGCCGCCUCGCGUCCCUAUGACCGCGACCGCGACGGGUUCGUCAUGGGCGAGGGCGCCGGUGUCGUCGUGCUCGAGGAACUCGAACACGCAAAGGCGCGCGGCGCGAAGAUCUACGCCGAAGUGGUCGGCUACGGCCUUUCGGGCGAUGCCUAUCACAUCACCGCUCCGUCCGAGAAUGGCGAGGGCGCCGAACGCUGCAUGCGCUCCGCGCUCGCCCGCGCCGGCAUCGCGCCCGCCGAAAUCGACUACAUCAACGCCCACGGCACAUCGACCAUGGCCGAUACGAUCGAACUGGGUGCCGUUGAGCGGGUUCUGGGCAAUGCGGCGGGCAAGGUGUCCAUGUCGUCGACCAAGUCGUGCAUCGGCCAUCUUCUGGGCGCGGCUGGCGCGGUCGAGGCGAUCUUCUGCACGCUGGCCAUCCGUGAUCAGGUCGUGCCGCCGACGAUCAAUCUCGACAAUCCCGAUGUGGACACCGCGAUCGACCUUGUACCGCAUCAAAAACGCCAGCGUCGGGUCGAUAUCGCCCUGUCCAACUCGUUCGGCUUUGGCGGCACCAACGCCUCGCUGGUCCUGCGCCGCUUCGACGCCUGA